AUGGAGACCCCCACUUCAGACCAAACACACACCAAUGCUACAAGUCGCACAGCCUCUCUGGGCUCUGGCCCUGGCCAGACCGAUUAUCUCGACCUUCCAGUUCGCGAAGUCAAUGACGGCGCCGAUCUGCGGGAGUAUACAACCGAGACGAGAACGGGCGAGAUCGUCCGGCCCGUCAAGUCUAAUGUGACCGGCCAAAUCGAGGAUUGGAAACUGGUGACCUUCACCAUUGACGACCCCGAAAACCCAAAGAACUGGUCGAAGCUCUACAAGUGGUACUGUACCAUGGUCGUCGCUUUUACCUGCUUCGUCGUCGCGUUUGCCAGUAGUGUGAUCACAGCCGGCCUGGAAGGACCUAUGGAGAGCUUUGGCGUCGCACGCGAAGUCAGCCUAGUCGUCGUCACUGUUUUUGUUAUUGGGUUCGGUGUUGGUCCGAUGGUCUUUGCUCCCAUGUCCGAAAUGGUCGGACGUCGCCCGGUAUAUGCGGUCACCUUACUACUCGCUGUUAUUUUUGUCAUCCCCUGUGCUGUGGCGCAGAACAUUGGAACUCUGAUUGUGUGUCGACUGAUCGACGGCAUUGCAUUCAGUGCACCCAUGACACUGGUUGGCGGCACCUUGGCCGAUCUUUGGAAAAGUGAGGAACGAGGCGUCCCCAUGGCCGCGUUCAGUGCUGCCCCAUUCAUUGGUCCUGCAAUUGGCCCUCUUGCAGGCGGUUUCCUCGGUGACAACUGCGGCUGGAGAUGGCUCUACUGGAUUCAGUUGAUCUUGUCCUUUGUCGCUUGGGUCCUAAUUACAUUCACUGUCCCCGAGACCUACGCACCAAUUCUGUUGAAGAAGCGCGCCCAAAAACUGCGGAAGGCCGAAAACGACCCGAAGUACACCACUGAAGCCGAACUCGACCCUCGACCUAUGGGAGAAAAGCUGCGCAUCUUCCUCUUCCGUCCUUUCCAACUCCUCUUUCUGGAGCCCAUCGUGCUCUUCAUUGCCAUUUACAUGUCGGUCUUGUACGGCUUGCUGUACAUGUUCUUCGUGGCCUAUCCUAUUGUCUACCAGGCCGGCAAAGGCUGGAGUGCCUCAACAACCGGACUAAUGUUCAUUCCUCUGGCUAUCGGCGUGCUGAUGAGUGCCGCCUGUGCUCCUUUUGUGAACAAGCACUAUCUCAAAGUCUCCAAGCAAUACGGUGGCAAGCCCCCGGCGGAAAAGCGCCUGAUCCCCAUGAUGUGGUCUUGCUGGCUUAUCCCUGUUGGCCUCUUUAUCUUUGCCUGGACCUCGUACCCGAGGCUUCACUGGUUUGGUCCAGCCAUCGGGGGCUGGCCGGUGGGAUUCGGCUUCAUCUUUUUAUACAACUCGGCCAACAACUAUCUCGUUGAUACCUAUCAGCAUCAAGCAGCAUCGGCCCUUGCAGCCAAGACCUUCCUCCGGUCGAUGUGGGGUGCUUCUACAGUCUUGUUCACGGAGCAGAUGUACGAGCGACUGGGCUACCAGUGGGCAAGCUCGCUCCUUGCUUUUAUUGCAUUGGCCUGCUGUGCCAUUCCAUAUGUCUUCUACUUUAAGGGCGAAUCCAUUCGCCGCUUCUCGAAGUACGCCUUCAGUGACGACGAGGAGAAGGGUAUUAAGGCAUAG